AUGUCUUCGUUUAGCGAUAACAUAUGCGCUAUUUGUGAACGCCCUAAUUGUCCAGUCCGCUGUUCAGGGGGAUGCUUGAGAUCAUUUCACAUACAAUGUUUAAGACUCACUUCUGUUCCUGAUCGAAGCUGGAAGUGCAACGAUUGUGUGAAACGAUCUCACGAAUGCUUCGAGUGUAAACAGCGCGAAUUAGAUUCUGAGCUUGUUCAGUGCUCCUAUCCGGAUUGCAGACGGUACUUCCACAAACGAGAAGCGUGUUGCCGCUGCAACCCACGGUCUUUGUCUACUCUCGAUUUUGUGUGCCCUUCUCACCGCUGCUAUGCCUGCCACGGUCCCAGCGAUAUGAAUAAUCCUUUACUCAAAUGUUUCCGCUGCACAAAGUGUUACCAUUAUUCCUGUUUACCCCCCUCGGUACAGAGCUUGGACAGCAAGAGGAUCCGCGAAUGCCUCCAGCCCAAGCCAACAUGGCGCGGAAUCCGAAGCAAAUGCCUUCUCCGCUCAAUUACUCCCCGAUGA